AUGCCCCUUCUCUCUUCGCCCCCGACGCCGCCGUGCCCGGCCCCGUCCCCUUUUGCCCCCGCCGGCCCCGGCCCCCAUUGCCCCUUCCGGCCACCACCUCGCCCGCCGGCGCCGGCCCCUUCUCUCUUCGCCCUCGACGCCGCCGUGCCUGGCCCGGUCCCCGUUUGCCCCUGCCACCUCGAGCAGCGGCGGCCUGCGGCAGCUCUGCCCGCAACCAAGGGUGCUGGGUCCUGGCCCUCAUCGAAGGGAGGGGUCGCAACCGGAUCCAGCGCCCGGAUGAGCGUGUGUUUGUGGGUAAUGUAUUGUGAAAUUCAUUCGUCGAUUCUUGGAGCAAGUGUUGAUGGUACUGUAGUGUUUAUCGUCGUCCGUUCAUUCCUCUCGUCGUUUUAUGUGGAGUACCUCGACGAUGCCCCUGGCCUUGCCGGCAACGACACGUCCAUCCUCCCCGCAGACCCCUACAGCCGCGCAGCCGCUCACGUUUGGGCCGCCUAUGUGAAUGACAAGUUGUUCCCUUCGUGCACCGGCAUCCUCAAGACAGCGAAGCAGGAGGAGAGAGCCAGUAAGGUGGAGGAGACCCUGUCCGGGCUCCGACACUUGGAAGCUGCCCUGGCAGAGUGCUCCAAAGGGGAGGUGGAGGCGCCGUUCUUCGGUGGUUGCUCCAUCGGGUUCCUUGACAUCGCGCUCGGGUGCUAUCUUCCUUGGUUUGAGGCAGUAGGCCGCCUGGCCGGCUUGGGGCGGCUUAUCGACCCGGCGAGGACGCCGAAACUAGCAGCAUGGGCGGAGCGGUUCAGGGUCGUCGAGCCGGUCAAGGCGCUGCUGCCUAGGGUGGACGAGCUGGAGCAGUACAUCACUACGGUGCUUUAUCCAAAGUGGAACGUCGCGGUCACCGGUAACUAAUUAAAGAUCGUGUCGUUCCAUUACCGGCGGAGGAUCGUGUCAAUCCAAUAAUUCCUCCGCCUUGUGAGUUGUUGUUUUCACGCCAAGAGUUGAACUGUUGCUACUAGGUCCUUAGUGUCUCCUCGUCGUGGAUGGUGCGCAUGCGUGCACUCUCUUCGAUCUGAGUUGUUGACAUGUUGUUUCGUGAAUAAACUGAAGUUUCGUCCA